AUGGGCCGUAGAAUGCGCCUCACUCCGGCGCUCAUAUACCUGUUUCUUCUGAUCUGUACCGGGAGCUAUGCUUUUAUACCAGGCGUUGAUGGUCCCGUAUCAAACGUGCAGGCAUUGGAAGGGGGUGACGUCACGUUGCUGUGUGAUUCAACCCCAGACUCGUUGGACGAUGAAUUUAUGAUCCUGGUCUGGUACAAGAAUAACGUGCCCAUCUACAGCUUCGAAAUUCCUGACAAACAAUGGUCAGAACCCUCAUUCAACACAAGCUCACGUUUGCGCGCCGACAUCCUUGCGCAGCCAACAGCUGUCACUGUCACCUCGCUCACAGAAGACGAUGAGGCUAUGUACCACUGCAGGGUUGACUUCAGGCUGUCUCCUACUAGAAAUGUGGGAAUCAAUGUCUCUGUUAUUGUACUGCCAAGCCUUCCAUUUUUCAUGGAUGAGAUGAGCAACAAGGUGGGGGCACGAGUGGGGCCAUACCACGACGGAGACACAUUAUUACUGCGCUGUUUGGUCAUAGGGGGCCGGCCUCCACCCCGCAUAAGCUGGUAUUCUGGUGAUACUUUAGUGGACGCGUCAGACGGAGACAGUGAUAUCCCUACAGUGAGGGAGAACGAACUUUAUCUCCCUCUGACAAGAGAUAACGCAGCCGCCCUGUCAUGCAGGGCAUCCAACACAAACCUGGCGCCACCUAUUGUUGCAACACUGGAAAUUGAACUGUUUUUACCAGCCUACAACGUGUCGAUCCACUGGGUUCGAGGCACAGUUGGUGACGCGCUACGAGCAGGAUCGGUUGCGCUUGCUCAGUGCACGGCGCGAGGCUCCUAUCCGCAACCAGAGCUGUCUUGGUGGCUUGAUCGUAAACAUCUCACGCAUCAUAGUAACCAGACAUGGUCCAAUUCAACUCUGACGGCAAUAUCAUUCUUAGAACUGAACCCAGCUUUGAGUGACAACGGUGCUACGCUAGCUUGCGUGGCAACUAACCCUGUAAUGGCACCCAACAAGGGCUCUAAGGCUGAUGUAUUUACACUUAAUGUUACUUAUAGUCCAAUGGUAGACGUAAUAAAAUUAGGAGAUGACGGAAAUGGUAACGUCGUGGUGGAAUUGGACUCUUUGAAUUUGGAGUGUGAAACCAAAGCGAACCCACCUGUCGAAAUGUUCACAUGGUAUUUCAAUGAUAUAGAAAUCAAGCCAGGUAGUAUAUGGGGUGACAACACGUCAUCCCGACAAUUGCUGAUAGAGGAGGCGACGCGGGCGCACGCUGGCCGCUACGCUUGUGGUGCGGCGAACACUAUAGGAGAAACACGAUCUGACAACCUCAGUAUUACUGUUUUUUACCCACCAGAAUGUACAGGCGUCGGCAUCAGACUGAUCAAAGAAACAAUCCACUGCAACGUCAAAGCAUUACCAGCUCCAGAAACCUACUUCUGGCAUCUGCAACCUUCGAACUAUGAAAUACAGCAUCUUACUACAGGAUCUUCAUCGUUAUCCCUGGACACGAUCACAGGGCCUCUUGCAGAGUCCUUGAAAGCCUCAUGUGAGGCCAGUAAUGGAGUAGCGUCGCAAGAGGAAUCGUGUGAUCGGACAUUCAGCUUUGAACACCUGCGCCCUCCGCAGCCAGAACAAUGUGAUAUUGCUUAUGAGUUUGGGGAAUUCCAAAUGAAAUGUAUACCAGUUGAAAAUGCGACCUACUACGAGGUGUACGUCUGGAGAUUAUCAGAGAGCAACUCGUCCUUAGUCCUAGAACGUCGCGCCAGUAUGGGCUUCGGCACGGGGCGCGCUCUGGCGGCCGCCGGGCCCGGCAACAACGCCGGCCUCACCGCCGGCCGACUCGCUGUCAGGGCAGCCCUCGGGAGAGUACGGAGAGGAGAUGAAGCCGGAGCCAGAGCUUGCAACAGAUACGGAUGUUCGGCGCCGCUACUACUGAGGCCCACGGACACGUUGUUGCAUCAAGCUGAUCCUCCUUGGUGGCACUUUUUCCUAGAAAAGGAUGUUGGUAUAUCAUUGGGUGCAGUGGUUUUAGUGGCAGUGUUCGUUAUAUCGUCAGUGUUAAUGGUACGGCUGGUGAGGAGGCCGCGCCACAAGCCCCCGCCCGUCAUCCAAGUACUGCAGCUCGAUGACGUCGCUAGGAACUAUUUAGAUAAUAUUGGAGAACACAAAGUGCAUGCAUCCUGCAGCUUGCGAUCCUGCAGUAGCGGCUACUCCGAUGCAUCGGGAGACUCCGGGCCCCCCGUCGACCGGAGACGCAAGCCAGCCUGGGAGAGGUGGCACGAACCACCCCCACCUGACGUCACUCUAACUUUACAUAGGGAAAGUGCAGUGUAA